AUGGAGAGAAACAUCGAAGAUGUGAAUAUCUUCUUAGAAAACGCUACGAAAAUUGUAACUGAGACCUCCAAGCUAUGCCUAAAAAUUAAAGCUAAGAAAACUUAUAAGCGUAUUAAGAAAUCGUCCAACAAGAAAUGGUUCAACUGUGAAUGUCGCUUGAAAAGGCAUGAAUUACGAAAAGUUUCAAAUGAAAAGAACCGUGACCCCCUCAACUCCAAAUUGCGGAAACGAUGUCACAAAACCUUGAAUGAUUACAAAAAGCUCCUAGACACAAAAAAGAGAGGAUUUCACAAAGAUAAAACAUCACAACUCGACAAACUAGCUUUAAAUCCUGACAAGGCGUCAUUUUGGAAUUGUUUAAAUUCGAUGAGCGACACUUUCAACGAAAAUGUUCCUGCCCCAAUCUCGGAAGAAUCAUGGCUUCACCAUUUCAAAUCUCUGCAUUCUAUUGACCCGAGGAAUUUCACGCAUGAACAUGAAAUCCAUAGGGAACUAAAUUCUUUAGAACACGAAAAGGAACAGUUUACCCAUCUCGAUUAUGAGAUAACUGUGAGGGAAAUACGUCAAGCGGCGAAGAAAUUGAAAAAAAAAGAAAUCACCAUUUGUUGA